CUCUCGAGAUAGUUAAAUUUUGAAAGCUUCAUCAUCUAAUAGCUCGGAUUUAUACUAUCUGAUACGAAAUAGUUUUAAUAUUAGAUUAUAAGAGACUUUAAAGGACAAAGGCAUCACCCUGGGCUACAUCAGCGGGUUACUGAGUUUGACGACUAUAUAGGCUUUGUUUCCAUUUACUAGCUGCAAAACAACUGCUCAACAAUGAAAUCAAAUAAAACUUGGAAAUUUUAAAUGGACAACACUUCAAAAAAAAGAAGAAAAAAAAUGCUGGUUAAAAUUUACUUAAUAAUUAAUAGGUCACUCUUUGGAGGAAUUUUUAAAGUACUCACAAGAUGUAACCUUUAAGUAAAAGUUAUAAAAAUCUCUUAAACAGCCAAUCGUCCUAUUCUGUUGCGCUAAGAAAAAACGCCAUUUGAACUUUUGGAUGUUUCCAAAUUUCCUCCAAUAAAACAUUCAUUUUUCAGGAAUUUUAUGAAUAUUUUACCUUGAAAAUUUCAGCUACUGUAGAUUGAAUUGCGAAUAAAAUUCCCUUUGAAAUUAGGAGAAAAAGUACUCAAGUUUCCUUGAAUGUUUUGUCAAAGGAAAUUUGGCAACGACGGUUUUUUCCUUAGCGCAGUAGUAUUUGAACGUCCCUUAUUAAAACUUUUAAAAAAUCUGUUAAAAAUAACUGCAUAAAAAAUCUACAUUAGCUUUUGAAGACUACCAAGGUAUUAAUGUAAAUUUUACUCCAAUAUAAUCGAAAGAGGUUUUCUCGCACGUAAAUUCGACGUUUCACUCGAAUAAUUUAUGUCACCGGAUAUUUCUCCAAUUUUCAUUUCAUCCUGUCUACUUUGAUGAUCAAAAUUGAAUGCGUCUGAAAAAUUAAACAAUUAAACAUCCCUAACCAAUGGUUAGCACUUUAUUAUAACGUUAUUUCCAGCGAUGGAUGUUAGCUCAGUAAUAUCUACGGCACGCUGAGUACUUAUUUACCAGGUAAUUGCUUGAACAAGUGCCGCGACUUGACACAGCAAAGCAUUUUUGCGGACAACACCUCAACAGCGGGUUCAGCGGAUCAACAUGCCAACUCCAAAACGAAGUUAGAGCAAGUUCCGCCGCUUCCUUUGUACUUCCUUCCUCCGGAAAAAUGGAUUUCUCGCAAAUUCACGUCAUCGGGGUGCUUUUGACCUUAUUGGUGUGUCAGAUUUUGAGGACCUCUCAGAAUGAGGACGACAUGGGACAGCUGAAAAUCCCUGUGAACGAUCUAACGGAGAGCUUCGGAGACGAGGGCAAAGGGACGAGGAACGCGUUGGUGCACCGCGAGAGGCGGAUUCUGCCGCUGCUGUUGGGCGGUCUCGGGUUGGGGCUCGCCGCCUACGGCUACCACAAGUGGAAGGAGUACCACCCGUGCCGCUACUACAACUGGGGCCCGUGGGAGUCCCUCAGGGUGAAGCACCGCAUCAAAGCCAACGGGCGCUGCACCAAGUACUUCGACCACGUCAGGGACAAGAUCGCCGACGCCGGCAAGUGCACCAACAUCGCCCGCGCCGCCUGCGUCAAAAUCAGUGGCGACACCACGUGCGCCGCCGUUCUCACAGACGGCUCCGUCAGGAAGCUUUCCACCUGUGUUUGAUCACCAGAACAGGAAAAACUUAUUGAAACUUUUCACAUUUUUUUUCUUUUGAAAUUUUUUUGAAAAUUUUGUUUUUUUAGAAAAAACGUAGAUAGAAAGUUACCCAAGAAUAUUUAUAACAAUGACUUACCUCAGAUGAUAAUGAAUAUUACUGAUCCACCUGGCUAAGAUUGGACCAAGACCUAUUCUAGUUGCGUUGUACCUUAUGUUCUUCAAUCAAAGAGUACAUCAAUUUUUAUACUUAUGAAACUAUGAAAAUCAGAAAAGUUCUGUUCGUCUCUCUUUUUUUCUCAUUUGAUUUAUCAAUAUCUUAUAUUUAAUUCUUUAUGUUUUUCUUGUUCUGCUCAUUUUGUAUUUUCAAUCAGUUCGGGGUUUCCGGUCUGGUUAACUUUGUCCAAGAGAAACCUCAUAAGUGAGUCAGGAUCGUAUUCAUAGGGUCGUAUCCAUCCAAUGGACCACAUUGUGCAAUUAGGAACUACAAUUUUCAGCUUAUUCGUGAAAACACACAUGUCUACAGGAAAAAUAAUGUUACAAGCGUUGCCUUUAAACUGAACCAGAAAUUGUAGUUCUAAAUUGCAAAAUGUAGCCCAGUUGUUCCUGCAUCAACUCCUCCCAUAGAAAGCCCCAUAGUUUGCAUGGGGAUUAAGGGAGGUUUAUAGAUACCCUCAAAAUAUCAUAGAAAGGGCAGUCAUUGCUAGCGUCGCGUAGGAUUUAGCAGUAUGACUUGAAUUUGAGUCCUUGAAAGGGAUUACGAUAAUGUAUCACUACAAAAAGUACAAGAUACGGAAAACUAAAUUCUACAGUUUUAACAAACCUGAAAGUGGGCACCAACCCACCUUAAAAUAUACAAAACUUGCAAAACGUUUUCUUUCGUGUUGUGUUUUUUUGGAGUGGUAAAUCAUCGCAAUCUCUUUCAAGGGCUCAUUUCUAAAUUUUAUACUGCUGAAUUCUACUCAAUGCGCAGGGGUGCAAAAUCUCUACAGUUCCUCGAACCCAGGAUUGCAGGCUCGGGAUGCUCUCUGAUCGGAAAAGUGUGAACCGCAAUAGCUCCGACUCCGUGAUAUUACGAAUUGGACUAAAUUUUGCAAUUCGGAACUAUAAUUUCUGGCUCGAAUGUAAAUCACUUAUGUACAUGAGGAAACUAAUGUUCCAUACGUUUUUUCUAAUCAGAGCCAGAAAUCAUAGUUCUAAAUUGCAAAAUGUAGUCCAAUUUUCAACGAUUAAAGCGAGCCUUGUAGUGAACGCGCAAUGCGUGAAGUAUUCCUCCAGUCUUGUAGGCGUUAAAAAAGGCGAUUCUACUAAAAAGUGUCCAAUUUCAGCCAUGAACGUUUUAGUUGUAAAAUGUGUGAUAAAAUAUCUCACAUUUCACGUAUUCUAAUGGCAAUUAAGUGCUUUAACGAAUUCCGACCGAAUUGAGUAUAUUUGAUGUUUUAUGUAUUUCAAUAAAAUAUAUAUUGAAAUAUUUCCGAA